UGCGCGCACCUCAAACUAUCUCACAAGUCUAAGCGUCAGUAACGAAAUUCUAACAAUUCAGGAUACCAAAUGUGUGUAAAUUCGUCCCAGAUUAACUAUACAGUGAAAACUGGACGGUUUGUUGAAAAUCUGUUUCAUUGUGGGUGUUUUUAAUAAAGUCUUCUGAAGCCUUCAGACUUUGAACAUUUGUGGCUGCGGUUUCCAAUCGCUUCUUUUCUUUUAAAUCGAGAUGUCAAUGGCUUGAAUUUUAUAUCCCAGGCAGUCUGUCCCUGAACCUCACUGUCACUGAUUCCCUUUCAAGCUGGUGUGGAGCAUGUGGGCCAGCUGCUGUGGCUUGCUCUGUCUGGAUGAUUCCACAGUGGAGGACACCAGAAGUAGCUCACGUCAUCAGGCCUUCACUAACUCUGGCUUCAACAGCUACCCAUCUCCCCCGGCUCCUGAUCACACAUGCAAGGCAUGCGGUGGUCGCUUUGACAGCCUGGCCAGGAAGUACAUGUGCAUGGACUGCAAGAAAAGUUACUGCAGCCAGUGCUCGACUCAGCAGGACCUCCAGCCAUGGCUGUGCCAUACUUGCCAGCGUUUCCAAGGCAUUUUAUUUGCACCAGCAGAGCUGAUGAAGCUUAAGGUGAAGGACCUGAGGGAUUACCUCCACCUGCAUGGGGUCCCCACUCAGACGUGCCGUGAGAAGGAGGAGCUGGUCGAGCUGGUUCUUGGCCAGCAGACACCUACAUCUGAAACGCACAUUUCACCCCCAAUGAACACAGACACAGACCAGGAAGCCCCUAACACUCCAAUCAUAACAGCGAGCCCCUCAGAGAACAAUGCUGCUUUAGAUCUGGGACCCCAGACUCAAGCAAUGGAGGAUGAACAGAGCUUGUCAGUGGCAGAACCGACAGCUGAAAGCGAGAUGGACACAGACCUACAGGUGGAGCAAGACUUGCAGUUGUCAGACUCUGAGGAGGUGUUGGCCCCUGGGCGGCGGGCGUCUCUCUCAGACCUCAGAUCAGUAGAGGAUAUUGAGGCUCUGAGCGUCCGGCAGCUAAAGGAGAUCCUGGCAAGGAACUUUGUCAACUAUAAGGGCUGCUGUGAAAAAUGGGAGCUGAUGGAGAGAGUAACGCGCCUGUAUCAUGACCAGAAGGACCUGCAGAACAUGGUGACAAGCACCACAGAGGGUACAGACACUGGCUCUGGGACAGCCGUAGAGGAGAAUCUCUGUAAGAUCUGUAUGGACUCACCCAUUGACUGUGUUCUUUUGGAGUGCGGACACAUGGUCACAUGCACCAAGUGUGGCAAGCGCAUGAAUGAAUGUCCCAUCUGCCGACAGUAUGUGGUGCGGGCAGUGCACGUGUUCAGAUCCUGAAUGGCAUUUUCUAUCUACAAAGCUUGUUCUCAUGACCAACAUCUCUCAGAUUAUAUAGUCCUUACCCCAAACAAUGGAAUUAAUAUACAAUAAAACUAGAACAGUCAGGUGGCCUGUAAUUCUUGCACAAUUAUCUUGUGGCAAUUAAAACAAUGUCAGAGACGCUAAAAUCUCUAAGCAAUAACAGUACUGGUAUCCGGUAUAUCUUACCGAAAUAACUUUUCAAAGUGUGCCUUCUGAAAUUGCCAGAAGUGGAGACUUAUUUUUGAUCAUGGAAUGUUUUGAUCAUGGAAUGUUCUGUUGACAAUGCCAAUGACGCCAAGUCAUCACAUCAUAAACAAUUUUUUUGUGCCCGUAUUAGUAAACGUAUGUCGACAUAUGUUUAGAGAUAACUUUAUUAAUGCACACAUGCUGUGUGUAGUGUUGUAAUAAAUACAGACAGGAUCUUCUUAAGGUGGAUAACUGUGCCUUGCCUGUAACUGUAAUGGUUCCUUUCUCUCAAACUUUUAUUUUUCUAUAUAUAAAUUAAAUAUAUAUUAUAUAUAUCACAGUGACAUCUUCUGGAAGGAAAUUGGUACUUUAAUUCACCAAAGUGGCAUGCAAUCAUUGCUCAAAUUGAGGGGGGCUGGGGGGAUCUGGGACCCCCAUAAGGCAUUAGGGACCCCCCAUAAGAAGUAAAAAAUAGACUUAGGGGGGUCCCCAAGCUGAUUAAAUUCAUGCAGUGGAUACGGCGAAUUUAGUGAAUUAAUUAUUUACAAUAAUUUAUAUUAAGUUUGUUUAUAGGCUAGUUGUCAUGUCUCUUUAAAAUGUAAAUGCCCCGCCCCACAUCUAAAGGCCGCUAAGCACAUAACAUCAUUGACAUGACUGCUUGCUUGGCGCCGCUCCGGUGAAACUAACUUUAGCUAUAAAAUGGAUAAUAAUAAACCUCCACUUGCAGUUGAGAAGAGAAAUCUUCUUACUGACUUUUUUGAGGGGUAAUUUUCUCUCUAUAUAUCUUUCUACUAAAUCUAUCCACUCCAUGUCAGGGCUUUUGUAUUCCUUGCAUAAAUUGGAAACAUCAACCUCGUUUGCUUGCUCGCUUUCCAGAGCAUUAAAGAGCCACACCAGAUGCUUGUUAGUGGACCAUCCAUUUCAGUUGUGGGCAAAGAGACCCACAGAGUACCUAGCCUGAGUAUGAAUAUCUGUUUGAGAUUCAUUCCUCAUUUUAGGUUUUCGUUAUCCCUGCUUCUGAAGAAAUGUUAUGCUUACCAGUGAUGCUUGCCUGUCCUGAGUUCUGUUCUAAUCCGAGGAGAUGUUGAUGAUACUAGCCAGUGAAUACUUACCUAUCAUGAGUUUUGGUUUACCUACUGGUUCCUGAAAUUACCUUGAUGACUGUUAUGGAUGAAUGCUGAGUUGACUUUUGAGAAUCUCCUGUGGACAUGCCUGUUAAACUUAUGAACUAUUCUAAAGACUGUAUCCUGUUUGCCCAGUUGUCCUGUACUCUUUGAAUAAAGCUCCCGCACCUGGGUGCAUACCUAAUCUCCUCUCUAUAGUAUCAUUACAGCCUUAUAGUAUUUUGCCAUUCUUUUGCUACUGUUGAAGUAAUAAAAGGUCCUUUGGAAGUUACUGACUGCUCCUUUAUCACUGCUUUCUGAGACAUUAUGAAAUGAUUAUUCCUGUGCCUCUGUUGAAUCUGACAGUGAUGCCAUCCAGUAAGUCUGGAAGCCAUCUGAUUAUUUUUCUACUGUUUUUGAGCCAUUUUGAGGUCACAUGCUUUUACGGGUCUUCAAGUGCCUUAUAUGUAGUCCUCUGGUAUAUUUGCCUUGGUUGCCCUUUUGGGUCUGCUGCUUUGUCACCCUCAAAAUCCAGUAUUACUUUGAGUAAGCCAUUUAAAAAAGAAUAGUAGCUUAUCUCUCUUUGUUAUAUAACAUUUGGACUGAAUGUUUUUAUUAUUAUUAUUAUUAUUACUCUUUAUCAACACAAAAACCUGUUCUUUUAUGUAAGGCUGUUUUUAAUAAAUAAUAUAUAGUUAUGCAGAACAACUGGCUCUAACAAGGGCAGAAAGAGAUGUGGAAGGCCAGAUGUACAACUAAACAAGAGGAUAAGUACAUCAGAGUCUCUAGUUUGAGAAAUGGAUGCCUCACAUGUCCUCAGCUGACAGCUUCAUUGAAUUCUACCUGCUCGACACCAGUUUCAUGUACAACAGUAAAGAGAAGACUCAGGGGUUCAGGCCUUAUGGGAAGAAUUGCAAAGAAAAAGCCAUUUUUGAACUUUUGGCAUUUGACAACAGAUAAUUGGAAAAGAGUGUUAUGGAUCUUAACCCCAUUAAGCUUUUGUGGGAUCAGCUAGACAGUAAGGUGCGUGAGAAGUGCCAGGCAAGACAGCCACAUCUAUGGCAAGUGUUACAGGAAGUAUGGAGUGAAAUGUCACCUGAGUAUCUGGACAAACUGACAGCUAGAAUAACAAGGAUCUGCAAAGCUGUCAUUGCUGCACGUGGAAGAUUUGUUGAUAAAAACUCUUUGAAGUAGUUAAGAAGUUCUGAAUUUUUUUCAAAUUGUAAUAGUAAUUUUUCAUGUUGUUAAUGUCCUGACUAUACAUUUAAAUCUGUUGAAUGUCACUUUGGUGAAUAAAAGUACCAAUUUCGUUCCAUAAAGAGUUAAAUCUGUACAUUAUUCCAAACUUUUGGUGUGUGUGUGUGUGUGUAUUCUGGAUAAAUUAUAAGAUUCCAUCACCAACCAGGCUGACAAAUUUUCAAACCGGAAUUGCUCCCUUUUGUUGAUUCAUCUCACAUGAGAAACUGCAAAUAGUGUAAACUGCUGAGAAACAGCACAUGCAUAACCUCAAGACAGUUAAGGGUGUAACUUCAUUUUAAGCAAACUCUCAUUACAGCUUUGUCUAACUUCACCGCCAACAAAAAGCACUUGUGUUUGUACUACCAUCCGGCUUGUGUGCACAGACCGCAGUUAAUACCACCAUCAUGCCUUUAUUACUUUGACUAAAGGCUCAUUUAGCUCAACUAAUCUAAAUGAUUUCUCUUUGUUUAGCAAAUAAAAAUGGCAUGAGCUUCCUUCCCUCUGUUUAGAAGUUGGGAAGAUUACAGGAUGAAUCUCAAAACCGGUUGGCCACCGAAAAAUGAUCUGUCUCUCAUCAUUUAAACACCCUUAUGUAGUCUCAACGUCAUAUUACUUUUUUCUUCUGUGGAACACAAAGAGAUAUCGGAGGAUAUAUGAAGAGUUUUUCUCCAUCCAGUGCAAAUCAAUGGGGUCCAAAAAUGUUAAGCUCCAAAAAGGACAUUAAGGCAGCAUUAAUGCACAUUUACACGUGCUGUACAUGCUCUUUGCAUGCAUAAAGAAGUGUGAACAAGCUUCUCUUAUGAACACUCCAAGGAGACUGCAGAUGUCAAGAUUUUUUGUGAAAAAAACAAGAAAUUGUCCAAAGAGAACUAAGGGGCUAUUCACACCAAAAUGAGUUUUUGCAUCCAUCUGUGCAGUUAUUCCAAUAGAAACAUGAGCUAGACUAGAGGGACGUUUAUGACCAGUGCAGUGCCGCAUUAUUUACAGGCCAUGUCAAGUUAAGAAGAAAGUCAAAUUUAAAAAGUGUGUUUCGAUACACUGGAGUUCUGAACAACCCCUUUUGCAUUCUCAAACUAUUGUCCCUUUUUUAUAAAAAAAUAUUUCACCCCAAAAUGUUCAUAUUUUAUCCACCCUCGGUCAUCAAACCCUGUAUUAUUUUCAUUUCAGGCAGAAUAUCCGAACUCCCCUUUUAGGUACAUGUUAAAGGAAUACUCCAUGUUCAGUACAAAUUAAGCUUAGCCGACAGCAUAUUGUUUAUUACAGCAAAACAUUUUUUCCCUCGAAGCCGAAAUCGAGGUUACAGUGAGACACUUACAGUGGAGGUGAAUGGGGAUUUUUGGAUGGUUUAAGAAGGCAGAAGUGUGACCGUAUAGUUUUAUAAAAGCACUUAAAUGAAUUCUUAUGUUAAAACUUAUUUAUUUCAGCUUUAAAGUUGUUUAAAUCGUCGUUUUUCCAGUCAUUUCAUUUUUUUUUUUUUACAAAGUUGUACAAUUGCCUUUAACUUAACACAGAAAAGGUUAGGAAGUGAUUGUAUCAUACUAAAAUCAUGUUAAUACUCAUAUUGUUUACAUUUUGUGACUAUAUUUCUUUAAAUAGUGAGUAUUUUAAUGUGUACGGAUUGGCCCCAUUCACUUCCAUUGUAAGUGCCUCACUGGAACCCAGAUUCUUUUUUUUUCUCUCUUUUUUUUUUAAGGAAGGUCAAGUCAAAUAUUUUUUUUUGUUGUACUCAAUAUUAUGCCACAAAUGAUGUUUGAGUUUAACUUGUAUUGAACCUAGAAUUUGUCUUUAAGUGAAUAACUAUUUACAUUUAUUUUGGCCUAUUGCUCUGCUUUCUCAUUAGUAGAAUGUUCCAAGGUUUUUUUUCCCUUAUGUUAUGCUAUCCAUCCACACUGUUUUCUAAGAAUAGUUAGGAGCGAGUCAAUGCUAACUGAAUUGUGAAGGCUUGAGGGGAGGGAGGAGCUGCAGUAAAAAACAGGCCUUUACUCGUCCUAUGAUCUGUGAGGCACCACAUAAAUAUAGCAUGAGUGUUCAGGCAUGUUCACCUGAUAUUUCCUCCAUUAACGGGAACAGAAGGCUAAAGUGGUGCUAAUACAAUUCCUGCAGGAGGUCUACCAUAGGCUGCACUGUAACAACACCUUGAAACUGAUCAUUGGUUGUCUUAAAUGCUAACACAGUGUUGUUCAAGGCCUAUAAGUCUGACAGCACUUUGACUGAAUGACUGUCAUACAACAGAGGCUUCUUUUACCAACACACCAGGUGCACAUGCACAACAAUCCACGCUUAAGGAUUGCAUAGACAUUUUUUCCUCUACCCAAGCAAUAUUUCACAUUCGAGAAAAGGCAUCCAAUCAGAGAGUGUUUUUUUCUUCCGAAUGAAACGUUCAAUAUCAGUGGUCCGUAGCAAUAUGAAAAUGCUGUUAUUUUCUUGACCACCAAGCUUAUUUUCACCCAGUUGUUAUAACCGUAAUGCAUAGGAAUGUUUUACUUUCAAUUCUCAAUUAUUUUCAUGAUUAACACAAUGUUUUUAAUGCAGACUGACGAGCUUACAUUAAACACUGGAUUACUUAAUUGAUUUAAUGUAACUGUGAAACUGUAUAACAGCGUAUCUUUGGAAGUUAUUUAAUGUAUCAGCAAACAACAAUGUCAUCUCCUGAUGGUAUUUGAUGUAUAAAAUAUGAAGAGUGAAUGCUUUCAUUUUCAAGUUUGAAUGGUAACAGUGUGAACCAAAUGACUUAUUUUCUUAACCAGAUCCAAUAUAUUUUAAAGAUUUGAUCAAAUCUGUACUGACACCAAACUAGAUUGGUGUGCUUUGUUGUU